AUGACCAUCGGUUUAGAAUCGUGGUUUCUAAAUUUUACGCAACUUUCCCGCAAAGCUCAAAGUCCAGAAACCUUAGCUGAUGUUCCCAAACCCUUUUUCGAAUAUGCCAUAUGGGGACUGUUCAAAGGAGCUGAGUUCGCAAGCCUCAUCGGAGGGUGUGUGGCACAUCCCAUCUACAGAAUAUAUUUGACUAAAACGCUGAAACCCGAAAACACGACUCCCAACAGCUCCAAGAUUAUCCGAGCAAAGUGUCGGGCAUUACAGGGUCGUUUUCUAUUAGCAGGACUUGUCCUGGGACCAACUUUGGCCUAUGCACAUGCUAUUAAUGAUGGCAUGAGUUUUUCGGAGGCACAAAAGAAAUGCUACCUAAUACGUUGUGACAACGAUGGAAUGACUCUGGAUCGAUCAGCUGUAGUUUGUGGUUUGGUUGGCUGGUACUGGAAGAGGUUCCAAGGUGCUGUUGAUGGAAUUAACGUGGGGAUAGCAUAUGCCACUCUGAGCAGCAAGAUUCUUUCCACCUACACAAACCCAGUCUUGCAAAAUGCCGUUCUGCCAGAAGAGCGAUAUGAGUCUGUGCAGGAAGCCGCUGCCAAUCGCUCUCGGCUCACGAAAUUCCUCUCGGAUUUGGAUAAGAAAAGCGACAACUCCGACGUCUCGAGUGAAAAAUAG